GGUGCCAAAGAUGGCGGCGCAGGGACCGAUCGCAAUUGCGAUGCGACUGAGAAACCAGCUGCAGUCCGUCUACAAGCUCGACCCUCUGAGGAACGAGGAGGAGGUGAAGCUGAAGAUAAAAGACCUCAAUGAGCACAUUGUCUGCUACCUGUGCGCUGGCUACUUCAUCGAUGCCACCACCAUCACAGAGUGCUUGCAUACCUUCUGUAAAAGCUGCAUUGUGAAAUACCUGCAGACCAGCAAGUACUGUCCAAUGUGCAACAUAAAGAUCCAUGAGACGCAGCCCCUGCUAAACCUCAAACUGGACCGCGUCAUGCAAGACAUUGUCUACAAACUGGUUCCAGGGCUACAGGAGAGUGAAGACAAAAGGAUAAAGGAGUUCUAUCAGUCGCGAGGCCUGGAAAGAGUCAUUCAGUCCUCUGGUGAUGACACCGUACCUGAUGCAACAGGGCUACCCUACACCAGCUUUGACCACUCCAAAGCCCACUUCUAUAGAUACGAUGAACAGGUCUCGCUGUGUCUGGAACGGCAGAGCUCAUUAUCAUCCUCUGGCAGAGAUAAAAACAAGUUAACUUUACAGCAGAAGUUUGUGCGGUGCUCAGCCAGGGCGGAGGUGCGUCACCUGCGUCGGGUGCUGUGCCAGCGGCUCAGUGUGGACAAGCAGCAGGUCCAGAUGUUGUUCAACAAUGAGUGUUUGCCGGAUCACAUGACCAUGAAACAGCUGUGGCUCUCUCACUGGUUUGGCAAGGCUCAGCCUCUUGUUCUUCACUACACAAUCAAGGACAAGCAAGCAAGAUAGGAUUAGAACCAUUUUUAAGGGCGUGG